GGCAGGGAUCCAGUUUACACUCCCAGACACACAGUGGCUGUAAGGGGAAUGGAGGCGGGCUGCAGCUGUUAAGUGCCACAGAAGAUUGAAGAGUUUCAGUGGGAGCAGCAUGAGCUUUGAGGAUGAUCCUCCUCACGAGCGGACGGACGAGGCCGGGGAACCUGACUGGUCCCCGACGAGGAGCAGAAAAACCACACUGGGAGAGUUCAGCCACCCCCUGUAUCUGGGUGACAGCCUCGACGACCUGGAGACGGCGCUCCUGGACACCGCUCAGCUCCACCCGCUCAUGGAGACCAAGCUGUACAAGCGGCGCUGGGUCAUGCUGCUGGUCUUCAGCCUCUACUCCAUGAGCAAUGCCUUCAUGUGGCUGCAGUACAGCAUCAUCGGCGACAUCUUCAUGCGCUUCUACGGCAUCGAUUCCCUCGCCACCGACUGGCUCUCCAUGAUCUUCUUCCUCACCUACAUCCCCCUCAUCCUGCCUGUCAUGUGGCUGCUGGACAACCGGGGCAUCAGGGACGUGGUGGUGGUGGGCUCGGCCUUCAACUGCAUCGGGGCUUGGAUCAAGACGAGCACGGCCGACCCCGACAUGUUCGCCAUGACUUUCUUUGGCCAGUUUGUGUGUUCGGUGGCCACGGUUUGCAUCCUGGGAAUCCCUUCCAGACUGGCGUCCCUGUGGUUCGGGCCGCAGGAGGUGUCCACCGCCUGUGCCAUGGGCGUUCUUGGAAACCAGAUGGGUAUCGCCAUCGGGUUCCUGGUCCCGCCCAUCCUCGUGCCUAAUGUGGACGACAUGGAUGAGCUGGCGCACUACAUCAGAAUCAUGUUCUACAUCAGCGCCGGAGUGGCCACCCUCAUCUUCGUCCUGGUGGUGAUCGUGUUUCAGGAGAAACCAGAGAUUCCUCCCACUCAGUCCCAGGCUCAGGCCCGGAACGUGCACCCGGACGAGUACUCGUACAAGGCUUCCAUCAUGAGGCUGCUGCGCAACAAGCCCUUCAUGCUGCUGGUGCUCAGCUACGGCCUGAACGUCGGUUGCUUCUAUGCUGUCUCCACCUUGUUGAACCGGAUGAUCAUCGAACACUAUCCUGGUGAAGAGGUGAAUGCUGGGAGGAUCGGUCUGACCAUUGUCAUUGCCGGCAUGGUGGGGUCCCUCAUUUGUGGCAUUUGGCUGGACAAGACUAAAACCUACAAACAGACCACCCUGCUUGUGUAUCUCCUCACGCUGAUCGGCAUGCUGGUCUACGCCUUCACCCUCAACCUGGGUCACCUGUGGGUGGUGUUUGUCACGGCCGGAAUUUUAGGCUUUUUCAUGACGGGAUAUCUGCCUCUGGGCUUCGAGUUUGCAGUAGAGCUCACCUACCCUGAAUCCGAGGGAACCUCGUCAGGGCUUCUCAACUGUUCCGCUCAGAUCUUUGGAAUCAUUUUCACCAUCUCCCAAGGGAAGAUUAUCGAUAAAUGGGGCACUUUUGGAGGAAAUAUCUUCCUGUGCAUCUUCCUACUAAUAGGAUCAGUAUUGACAGGAUUCAUCAAGGCCGACCUCCGACGGCAGAAGGCCAACCUGCGGGCCGAGGUGCAGACAGUGAGCCCUACAGGGUCCGAGUCAUCGGCGCAGGACUACGGGGCCACAGAGCGCAGAGGCCCCUGGCAACUACAGUCUUGACAUGAACCCACAACCUCACAAAAACUAAAACACACACCUGCAAAG